AUGGACGUACUGGCAGAAAGCGUGGAGGGCACAUUGAAAAAUUUGCAGGGCAAAAGAGACUUCCUUGCAGAGCAAAGGGAGCAUUACAUUGAUAUAAGAAGUCGGCUGGUUAGCUUUAAUAGUGAUGAUGAUGAUGAUGAUGAAGGGGCUAAGAGUCAGGGUACGGUCUUUGGUGAUAUUAUAAUAUCAGCGAGCAGGAUAUAUUUGAGUAUAGGCUAUGAAUAUUAUGUAGAAAAGACCAAAGAAGAGGCCACUACAUUUGUGGACGAUAAAUUGCGACUAAUGGAGAACGCUAUUGAACAGUUUGAUAUGAAGAUACAAGAAGCCCUGACAACCUUAGAUAAUUUGAAUGGUCUAGACAAUGAAGUCAGUAACGAGCAAGGGGAGACGGGAAAUGAGGAAGGUUUCCUUCCCUCGAUAGAGAUUAGAGAAGAAUUAGAUGAGGAAGGAAAUGUCAUAAGCAGCUCUGUCACUCCUACAACGAAGCAACCAUUGCAGUCAAAUAUCAAAGAAGAGGAAAAGGCUCUAACGUCUCAAAAUAAACAGUCUACAAACGAAAAGAAACCAAGCUCAUUUGAAGACAAUUUAAAGGGCAAGCUAUCUAAAGAGAAGAAGCCAAACUCAUUCGAAGACAAUUUAAAGGGAAAGCUAUCCAAAGAGAAGAAACCAAACUCAUUCGAAGACAAUUUAAAGGGAAGAUUAUCCAAAGAGGCCGCCGACAAGAGGGUGGUAGAGCCAUCGAAAGUGGACACAGAAAACGUAUAUACGUUUGUCGAUUUAGUUCAGCAGAUGGAUCAACAGGACGAAUUAGACGACGGUUCAAUUGGUGCCGAUGACAUAAACUAUGAUUAUGAUGCUUUUGAAAACUCUAAUUUUGAGGUCAAUGACUAUGAAGACGACGAUGAGGAUGAUGAGGAUGACGGUUAUGUAAACCAUUCAAUUAUACCUGGUUUUGAAGCGCAAUCUUCAUUUCUAAGCCAAAUCCAACAAUUACGCGCACAGAAUCAGCCCCAAGAGCAUGAACAGAAAUGUACUGAAGGAAAUAAGCCAUUGAAACCAAUUUUAAAGAAGUCCUCCGCUGAUGAGGAGCCUGCGAAGAAGGAAAAAACGAAACGAGUGGGGUUUGCCUCAUCUUUAGAAAUCCACGAAGUGGAGAACUUGAAAGACGAGACUAAAAAGCAGACGCAUUCCUUCAAGAUCCCCAUGUAUGACAUGAUAAACAACCAGGAAAUAAUGGGGCCUGCCAACGAAAUGGCGUCGGACCAAUUCGAUGGUGAUUUGCUUGCCAAGAUGUUGGGUGUGCAAGAAGCUGAUGAGGUCCAUGACAAAUACAAGGACAAUGUGGCAGGCCAAGAGAAGCAUGAAGAGGAAACGAGCAGGUCGAACAAGAAAACCAGGAUUUCCAGAUUCAAGAAGGAUAGAGCCCCCAAAAGGCCAGACUCGCUGUUAAAUUGUGGACCUGUGGAGAGGGAGCCAGUUGUGAGCGACAUAGUGGAGAGACGCCCGGUCGUGAACGAUGUUAUAGAAAAGGAGCCGGCUGUCAGCGAUAUAAUGGAACGGGAACCAACGGCUGGCACUAGCAGCAAAUCUGACGGUGCAUUAAAAAAGAAAAACUUGAAAUCAUUACAAAAGCCAAGGUCAUCGAGAUUUAAAAAGAAGAAAUUUGAUCCCAAGAUAUUCGACGAUAUAAGUGACGACGAACCCGAAGUCAACCCCGAACCCAGACGAACUGCCGAUGUGCAGGAGAAAUUCCCUUCAAAGAUCCAGGAGGCGUCCAGAGCGAUGAACCAGGCAGGCGCGACCACAGAGGAUAAACCGGUCAGAAUCGCGAACGUCGACUACCACGCCCUGGGGGGCGACAUGGAUGACAUGGUCAAGGCAUACUCGCUGGGGAUAUACGACGACGACCUGGAGGAGGAUCCGGGCACCGUAGUGGAGAAGCUCGAGGAUUUCAAAGAGUACAACAGGCAGGUGGAGUUGCUGCGUGACGAAAUCCGGGACUUCCAGCUGGAGAACCAGCCCGUGGCGACGGAAGAGAACGACGAGAACGACGAACACGAUGGCAAGAUCAUGGUGGAUGUUGUUGAGCGUGAGGUUCCUGAAAGCUACGCGGACGAGGAAGACGAAGUGGCAUUGCAUCCGGAUCGAUUGCACGAGGCGGUUGCGAUCGAGUACCGACGCAUGAAGGAAACCGCAGCGUCGAAAUGGCAGUCAUCGCCCACGCAAGCUGAGGGCGAGCUGGAGCCCAUCGAUGAGUUUGGGAACCCAGUGAAAACGAGUCGGUUCCGGUCGCAGCGGUUACGCAUGGGCGAAUGA